UGCUCUCCGGACGGCGCGAAAACCCAAUUGACAAGAACUCCCGCCGAAGCCCCGAGGCCUGAGUAGCUUUCGGUGUGUGGCGCCCACCGGGGCCCGGAGCUCGAACGCUGAGCCUGGAGCGCCUACCUCGGGGGCACUGUGUACUGUGCAGCCGCCCCCGCGGGGCCUGCACCCGCGCUUUCUCGCCGUCUCUGAGCCUGGCUCGACGGCCCUGGGCCCAGCCUCUCACUCGCGUCCGGCCGGUGGGCUCUGGGGGACCCGUGGCGGCCCCCGCGGCCUCCGCAUCUUGCUCCCACUGGACCGGCCGUCUCUAUGGCCUCCAGUCAGGCAGCGCCGGACCGCUGGAGGUCCUAGGAUCCGGGGCUCUGGGAGGCAGGGAUCAUGGUGGGGGUCCUGGCUAUGGCGGCGGCUGCAGCUCCUCCUCCAGUAAAGGACUACGAGAUUGAGCCUUGCAAAAAGCGGAGAAAAGAUGAUGACAGCUCUUCCUGUGAAACAAUCACCAAAUAUUUAUCACCAAAAGAGAAGACUGGAGACAAAGUUUUUUCUCCACCAAAACCCAGUAAUAUUCUUCAUUAUUUUAGAAAGACUUCACCCACAGAUGAUAAGCUACAGUUGACAAAGGAGUGCACAAUAAAGCCAUCCCCCUUAUUGCUUGUUGGCAAUAGCAAAGACCAUAAGACACCUUUGGAAGUGCUCUCAAAUACGGAAUUUAAGAAGAAAGGAAAGAGAGUUAAUUUAUCUCAUCAACUGAAUGAUAUUAAAAUUCAAUCGCUGGUUGGAAUUAGUAGUGAUAGUAAGAAGGACUGUGGUUUGAGUGAUUUUGUGGAAAGCAGUACUGAUAUUUUCCUUUAUAAGAAAGAUGUAGAGGUUCUUGCAGAAAGCAUUCAAGACAGGAGAAAUCAACCAAAUACAAUAACCUCCAAAAAAAAUUUCCAGAAAGUCAACCCUAAAAAAGGUACCACAAAAAAUGAUGGCAAAAUGUUGAGAAAAAGGAAGCACAGCAAGGUACUAGAUCUGUCUGAAAGUUUACCCUUGGCAGACGACAUAAAUCUGCUUAAGAAAGGUGGCAAAGAGAGUAAACCUUCCUUGGCCAUUGAAAAUGAGAGGACAGCAAAUCAUGUAGACUCCAGAGCUUGUGCAACCAAAACGACGGAUUUAAACAAGACUACAAUAACAGUCUCCUAUGAGGAAUUUUUAAAAAGUCAAAAGGCAGCUAGAGUGGAAGAGAUACCUGACCCUGCAGUGCCAGCUUGUGUUCCUUCUGGAUCUGGUGAAGCAGUCAAAAGUAGUUCUGAAGGUGAAUCAGAAAGUUGUGAAUUUUCUCCACGGAUACACCUUAAGACAGUUACUGUUCUUGCACAAGUUCACCCCACUCCCCCCAAAAAGAAAGGGAAAAUAGCCCAAAUUUUUUUGAAACAGAAACAGCUUGAUCUGGAGAGUAGCCUCUCUGAUCCAGAAAAUGAACAGACAGUUCAGAAAAGGAAAUCAAAUGUUGUGAUCCAGGAGGGCCAAUUAGAACUGGCUGUGCUGGAAGCUGGGAGCUCUGAGGCUUCAGUACCAAAGUGUAGCGUGGAAGAGAGACAACAGUUCAUGAGAGCAUUCAGGCAGCCACCAUCAGAAAUGCUCAGAAAUGGGUUCAAGAAACCUUUGGAGAAGCAGAAAGAUCCAAGUGAAAAAUCUGCAAAUGAAGAAUGUGAUAAUGGUUCUGAAAAAAUCAUAGAAAAUCCUAAUAUCCAAAUAGUUUCAAAUCCUGGCAGUUCACAGACACACACUGAUAAAGCAAGUUUUCCUAAGGAGAAAAGUAAAAAACUGAAGAAAAGGGGUAAGAAAACGAUCGGCACUAGGCCCACUCCAGGUGGAAACAGAACAGACAGCAUGCAAAAGGAAGAAACAUCCUUUUCCCCAAAAGAUAAACAAAAGCAAAAUAGCCUUCGAAGGAGUUUAAGACAGAAGUCAGAAGUUUUCAAAAGCAAUUCAUUACUUAAUAGUGAAAGUCUUGUUUGUGAGGAUACAGCACAUAACUCUCUAAAAAUGUCUCUGGGUGACAGAAAUAAAUCAAGAAAACCCAGUACAUCAAUCCAGGAUAUGGUUACACAUUCCGAAGCUGAGCCUGAAAACAGGCUGCUGAACGUUUCCACACCCAAACGAACCAGUAGCUCUCUAAGAGGUAGCUGCAUGCCUACUGUAGUCACUCUUAGAGAUACUAAGUCUGAGGAUGGCCAGGACACUAGUCCAGUGAAGGCUUCCACUCCAAAAGCCAGCAUGUCAGAAAAGCACAGCUUGUACACAGCGGAAUUAAUAACAAUACCCUCUGAUUCGGAGAGCCCCAUUAGAAUGAAAUUCACUAGAAUUAGUACUCCCAAAAAAUCCAAGAAAAAGUCCAAGAAAAUAUCUAAGAAAUCUGGAACAACUGAGGGAGAUCUCACUUCUCAGAAGAGAAAGGCAAGCAUUACUUCAAAAAAUGUAUCCAAAGCAAAACAACUGAUUGAGAAAGCCAAAGCUUUCCGAGUCAGUGGACCAAAGGCUGAAGAAACGGUGGUGCCCUUGAGGCGGUCCUCCCGGCAUCAGAUACCUCCUGAAAGGGAGAAGUCACCAGAGACAGAUGACUCUGUAAUACUAAUAGAUUCAAGUCCAACUUCUAUAAAACAACCAGAGAAAAAUCAGAAGAAACUUAAGAAUUUGAAUGAUGUACUAGGAAAAAAAUUUAACAAGCCUUCUAAAAAUGUUCCUGGAAAAAUGAAAAUCGCUCCUUUAUUUCUUGCCAAAAAGACUAAACGAACAGCCAUUCCUGUCCUUGAUUUGGAUGAUAGCAGUCAAGAUUCAUCAGAACAAACUCAGGAUUGUGAUAUACAAUUUAAAGCAAAGCGUGACUUUCUAAUGAGUGGUUUGCCAGAUUUACUGAAACGACAGAUUGCAAAGAAAGCUGCUGUACUAGAUGCAUACAAUGCCGCGAGUACCAGUUUCCAGAGGGUUGUUCAUGUGCAACAGAAGGAUGAUAGGUAUUGGUUAUGGCAUUUGAAGCCACCUUCUUGUCCUCUAUUAACUGAAUUUAAAGAACUGAAUACUAAAGUAACAGAUCUCUCAAAAUGUGUUGUUGCUCUUGGUGAAUUUUCAACAUUGAAUUCAAAUCCAAGAAAUAAUUCAGCUGUUGUGCUCUUAAUUCCCAAAAUAGCAAGUCUACAACUACAGCUUCAUGUCAGUCAAAAAGAAAGCAAAAGGAAAUGUGUGGAAACAGGAAAUCAAAAGUCAAAAAGAAAGAAACCAAAUGAACAUUCAUUGAGCCCAGAAAAGAUACAGAAGUCAGAAGAUCUUGACAAAAGGAUCAGCUCUUCUGGGAUAAAUCUAGAUUCUUCCAAAGAUUCUGGAACUGAAGACAUGCUUUGGACAGAAAAGUACCAGCCUCAGACUUCGAGUGAACUCAUAGGCAAUGAGUUAGCUAUCAAAAAGUUAUAUAGUUGGUUAAAGGACUGGAAAAGAAGAGCUGAACUGGAAGAAAGACAAAAUUUGAAAGGAAAAAGAGAUGAAAAACAGGAAGAUUCAUGGGAUACAGACUUUAAAGGCAUUUCAGAUGAUGAAGAGUGUCAUCUUUGCAACACUGUUCUGAUAACAGGGCCAACAGGAGUGGGAAAGACUGCUGCUGUGUAUGCUUGUGCCCAGGAGCUUGGAUUUAAGAUAUUUGAAGUGAAUGCCUCUUCCCAGAGAAGUGGUAGACAAAUCCUGUCUCAGCUGAAGGAAGCUACCCAGUCCCAUCAAGUAGAUAAACAAGGUGUAAACUCCCAAAAGCCCUGCUUCUUUAAUAGCUACAACAUUGGCAAGUCACCAAAAAAAUUAAACUCUCCUGGGAAAGUUGUUACAUCACCAAGAAAGCUUCCUCCAUCAUCACCAAAAGGAAGUGGUCAAAAGCGAGCGUUUCCCCCUAAAACUUUGGCAAAUUACUUUAAAGUAUCCUCCAAAUCCAAAAAUAAUGAAGAAGUAGGAGUACUCAUGGGAAAUAAUAAAGGAAUCAAAAAUGCUUCUUUGGAACAGAGGCAAAUCAUUCAGACUAAAUCAACAAAUGCAAAUAAUUCAAAUGUUAAAGAAUUUGGAGCUGAGGAAUCCAAUAGGAAGAAUGCAACAUCUCUCAUUCUUUUUGAGGAGGUUGAUGUCAUUUUUGAUGAAGAUGUUGGGUUUUUGAAUGCAAUCAAAACAUUCAUGGCAACAACUAAACGGCCAGUAGUUCUUACUACAAGUGAUCCCACAUUUAGUUUAGUGUUUGAUGGCUGCUUUGAAGAAAUCAAUUUCAAUAUUCCUUCCCUGCUUAACGUUGCCAGCUAUCUACAAGUGAUCUGUUUAGUUGAGAAUUUCAGAACCGACUUAAAAGACUUUGUAACCUUGUUGACUGCAAAUGACUGUGACAUCAGAAAAAGUAUCCUUUACUUACAGUUUUGGAUUAGAAGUGGAGGUGGAAUUUUAGAAGAAAGACCAUUAUCAUAUUGUCAAGGAAAUAGCAGAAAUAUACCAGUUUGCUCUGAAGAUGGCAGUGAUCCAAAAAUUAACUCUAAAAAUAGCAGAAGGAACCGUAUAGCCCUCCCCAAAUGUGACACCGGCUGUGCAGAGGCUUUGUUUGGACUCAAAAACAUUGCCUCCCCAUCUCAAGACUUAAUUUCAUUUUUAAAGCACAAGAUCACAACCAAGGAAGAAUGGCAUAAAUUCAUCCAGCUCCUCACUGAAUUCCACAUUCAAAACAUAGAUCUAUUAUAUAGUAAUCUUGAAUUCAUCCUGCCAUUGCCAGUCACUGUCAUUCCAGAAGUCAUUCCGGUGACUACAGAGGCCAGUGCACCAGGAAGCAUGGACAAUCUUCCUAGGAUGAAGUCAGAAGAUCAGUCAUUAAAAAAAUCACAGAAAAGGAAGCAGAAAAAGAUGGUGACCCUAGAUGACAGUGACUUAUUUGACACCGGACUGGACUUUUCUGAUGAACUGACUAGCUUAUCUCCUGUUCCUUCCUCAGCUUUAGAAGACCUCACAAGCAGAGACAGAGAAGGCAACCAAGAGACACAGACACAUAACAAAGGUUUCACAUCUGACUCUGUGCCUCGACCUCCUAAGACACCAGCAGAGAAGAAGUGUUUUGUGCUCGUUUCUCACUGUUUAAAUUCUCUCGCUGAGUUCAUGGAGAACAUGUCCUUCUUAGAUGCCGUUCUAAGAGACGCAGGGGAACAGAAUGAACUGGGUAGAAAGCGUUUUUGCUGGACAAGCGGAAAGGUUAAAAGUGGACUUUGUGAUGAGUUUAGUAUUGAGAGUAGAGAUGGGUGGGGUCCUCAGAGAUCUGAAGAAUUAAAAGCAACGGCAGAAGCUCUCAGCUUUACUAAAUGUUCUUCUACCAUUUCAAAAGCACUGGAGUCCUUGAAUUCAUGCGAGCACUUAGGAAGAGAUGCAGUUAGUGAGCUCACGUUCUGUGUUUCACAAAGGUGCAGUGAUGUGUGUUUCCGCCAGUCGGCAGCUAAUCUGGACAAUACUGACAAGAGGGUGGCAGUCAUUAAAAAAGUGCUUUCCAGUCGGUCUCUUCUGAGUGUGGGUAAUAAAGCUAGUAUAACUGACUACCUACCAACUCUUCGGAACAUUUGUCGGACAGAGAAGCUAAAGGAACAAGGGAGAAAUAAAAGAAGGUUUCUGCACUACUUUGAAGGAAUUCAUCUUGAUAUCCCAGAAGAGGCUGUGACUGCUUUGGCCGCAGACUUCCCUUGAUGCUCCUCGUCUUCAGUGUCCUGUACAGAUGAUGUGGUCCUUAAGACACACUAGAAUAUGGUAACUUUAAAGAAGAGAUUAUUUCUCUUAAUGUAAAUUUUAAAACUUUGUAUUUUUGUGGUUCAACUAUUUAAAAUGAAAAAAAUUGGGUUACAAACUGUAUAUAUGAUUGUCCUAUUUUUUUCUGAAUGUUUUGUAUUACCUGUUUUCGCUUGGUUGGUAUGCUUUCUCUGUGUGUAAACCAUCUGUAGAUUUCUAAAGCUGUGUCGGUGCUGAGCUCAUUGUAAUCUUCCCUUUCCUCGUUCCCUUCCUCUGCUCUUCAGCAUCAGAGCCACCAUAAAUAGGAAGCACCUAGCCUGCGGUCCCUAAACGUUACAUAGUAUAAAACAGAGUUACAUACAGAAUAAUUUUUAAAUGUGCUAGGAAUAAAGUUAUGAAUAUUUUGGAAAGGGUUGUACUUCCUCUUGCUUUUACAUCUUGUGCCCUCCUCCAGCAUGUUUUACCACUGAAUCAAUGAAUCAUCUGUGUUGGCAAAGAAAAGCAUUCUGAAUUCUAGUUUUCAUAAACCUUUCCUAUCACCCCAUGUAGGUAGUCUUGUGCAUUUUACCAACCCAAAUCAUUGUACAUUUUAUAUCAUGUUUUCUUUAUAAAUGUAAUGACAUUAAUUUAUCUAUUCUGGACAAGUUGUUGAUGAAGAAAUAAUGAAGGCAUCACCAUGGGGUUUAUGCCUAGCAGCUGUUUCCAUUUAAGUUUGGUUUUGGGUUUUGUGGUGCUAAGGAUAAACUUGAGGUCUUCUGUGUUGUGGGCAAGUGUCCUAUGUCUUAGUACAUACAGAGUCUCGUUUUUGUAAUUAUUUGCCGUGCUACAGAACAAACCGUGGCCUGUACAUUCUACAGACAUGCUUCACCACUGAGCUAGACCCUCCCACCCUGUUUUGGAGAUGACAAGGUCUGGUUAUAAUGCUUAUGCUGCCUCUAAACUACUUCCAGACUUACAUGUUCCUCUUUUCUCAGCUUCCUGGGACUACGCAGGAAUGUCAUCAGUUUUUGUGUUUUCAGUGGUUUGUUUGUUUGGUUUUUGGGCUUUUUUGUGUAUUUUUACUUUAGUGGCAAGAUUUUAAAAUGUCACAUUUUACUUAAUGUUAUUUUUACAGUCAGAUAAUCAGGUAUGUUUAAAAUUGCUUCUUAUUACACAUACUUGUAUAAUAACAUAAUAUUCAGGUACAUUUUUUGAUGAAUUAUUUUUUAACUCAAAAGUUAAGGAUCCUAGUUUUGUAUUUUUUUAAAGUAUAGGUGCAUACCUGUUUACAAAUGUAUGUGAAGAUAUGUUUUUACCUCUUGUUCAACCUACCUUUUUUGUAUAAUUAGCAAAUUAAUCUAAUUAAAAGUUAAAUCUAAAAGCAGUAAGUGGUAUUUAAAGUUAUUAUCUUCUUAAUGUACAUUAUAUUGAAUGCAUUCAGAUAAAUGUUAUAACUUAGGUUGUCAAACAAGAAAAUAUACUCAAAGCUUUUUAAAGAUUGGUUUUUCACAUGUAUAAUGUUUUGCCAGCAUGUACGUAUGUGUACCACAUGCUUGCAGUGCUCAAGGAGACCAGAAGAGGCCAUUGGAUACCCUGGAAUGAGUUAAGUAAGGAUGGUUGUGAGCUGCCUACCUUGUGGGGGUUGGGAACUGGACCCCUCCAAGGACAGCAGGUGCUCUUAACUGCUGAGCCAUCUCUCCAGGUCCUGAAGCUUUCAAAUGUCUGUAUCUGUGUUGCCGUGCAGUGUCUACUGGAGCUGCUUAGCUGUUGGCCAGGUGUUUUAUUAUUAGGGACUCUGACCAUCAAUAACUGAUGAACCAAUAUAAAAUAAUUACAUAAAAUUGUUCAAGUUAUCCAGACUCCCUCCUUAACUAGCCCAUGGCUGGGUGGA